UUUCUCAUUCGUUACUUAGUAUGGCGACAGCGAGCAUGAAACAACUGAAGAGGAGAUCGAGAAGAAGAAUCGCUGCUGUGAAUUUUUUAUCAAACAUUUCUUUAGAUGGUACAUAUAGGGAUACAAAACAUGCUCUAUUUAAUCCCAAACACCAGCGUUUGAAGGAUGAUAUCGUGGAAGAAGUGGAAAAUAAUGUCAACAGAUCAGGUGCAGAAGACCUUUGUGGUGAUGAUGAAAAUGAGUCCAAUUUAGAAGGAACUAAGAAAGUGACCGCUUUGUCAGCGGUUGAAAACAUUGUGUCAGUGAAUAAAUCCGUCCAGAAUAAUGAGAAUGGGACAGUGUUACAACGGAGACUGUCCAAGGGAAAACGAGGAAGUAUCACAGUCAGCAUCACGGAGGAAAGAGAGAGAUUGAGAAGAGAAUCGGGAUUUGGCAAUACACAAGCAUGUCAGAAAGACAUUCUUGAAAGACCAGAUGAGAAGUCUCCGAGACGAGAUGGAAUUGCCGUUUUCCAAGGGAAGGACUUUAGGCAGCUGAGUGCUGAAAAUAGAAAACACCUCGCAAAUGAACGGUUGAUGAUUGUGUCAAAAAAGAAAAACCCCCUCGUUUUGUCCUCCACCUUGAUGUACAGUCGUAAAGCCCAGAUUCGAAGUCUGACAGGUCGGGAGCUGGCUCGGAGUAGGUCACAUGACCCCAAUCUGCUCCUACAUCGACCCUCCAACGCCCCCUCUCUGGAGAAAGUUCCAGAGGAGGCCACCCCCCACCCUGACUGGUAUGACCCAAACAUUCUUGAUGACCGAGAACUCCAGUGUGGGAGCUACAAGACUCUUCUUACAUUUUCAUCUUAUGUGACAUCGGUGAUAGACUAUGUGAAACCUUCAACACUUAAGAAAGAAAUUAAUGAGAAGUUUAGAGAAAAGUAUCCAGCCAUUCAGUUGACCUUGACUAAAUUGAGAAGCCUUAAAAGAGAAUUAAAAGUGAUAGCAAAUACAAAGUGUGGUUUGGACCUGUGGAUCGUUGCCCAAGCUUACGUAUAUUUUGAGAAAUUGAUCUUGAAGCUGAUGAUUAAUAAACAGAACAGAAAGUUAUGUGCUGGAGCCUGUCUUCUAUUGGCUGCCAAAUUGAGUGACAUCAAGGGGGCGGAGCUAAGUAAGCUCAUAGAGCAAAUUGAGGAAGAUUUUCGAUUACACAGGAAGGAGCUGCUAGUGUUUGAGUUUGCCUGUCUGGUGGCCCUGGAGUUCUCCCUACAUAUCCCAGACACAGAGGUGUUUCCCCAUUAUCAGAGACUUCUCUACCAGUCAUGACCCAGGUCUCCUGACCCGUCACCCCGGGGCAGUGACCUGACCUAUCACCUUGAGACAAUGCCCCAAUACAUCACAUUAUCAGAGACUUCUCUACCAGUCAUGACCCAGGUCUUCUGAUCCGUCACUCUGGGACAAUGCCCUGACCCAUCACCCUGAGACAAUGCCCCGAUACAUCACAUUAUCAGACUUUAUCUGUGAUGACUCAGGUCUCCUGACCCGUCCGGGACAAUGCCCCAACCCAUCACCACUGGGUCAGUGCCCCGAUUCAUCACAAACUCAACAAUUCAAGCACAUCUCAAUUUAACUCCGAGGCUUUUGCUUACUGGAUACCACCAGGCUGACCUCAUUUCAAACUCAACUUUUAACUUGGUAAAAAGGACAUUCAACUUGGUCAAGAGUUUUAUACUGUAUCAAGCUAACUUUCAGUUCCCUUUCUUUAUCCAUAUCUUUUAAAACAUAACAGUAAUAAACAAGUACAUUUUCUGUCUUUAAUUUGAAAUAUAUCCCUAGAUAUUUUGGUAUCC